AUGGAUGCAGACCAAACCCCGAGAAGAGAAGCGAGGCGUUAUCAGCCACAAAUUCCUGGCACAGCAUGCGUUGAUGGACCGAAUGAUGACCCAAACACUAGGAAUACAGCUGCACAUUGGACAAAUGGACAACAAAAGCUGCACUUUCUGGCAGACAGCGAAUUGACGGACGCCAGAAAACUCCGAGUAAGGCUGCAAGCAGACGAAUUGGAGCCGUGCAAGCUCCACGAACAGCUGAACGCCGACCUGUCAUACGUGAAGGCGCACACAGAACAACUCCAAAAAUAG